AUGGGUUCUACUGCUACUGCUACUACUAUCAAAUGUAGUAUAGAUGGUUGUUGUAAAAGUGAAGAAGAUGUCUAUCAUUGUACAACUUGUGCAAUUCACAUUUGCAAACAUCAUUUUGAUGAAUCAUGUGCUAUUCAAUCACAUCAAACUAUGUCUUCUCGUUUUUAUGACAAGUAUAUACAUACGUUAUUACAACAACAUACUACUUAUUGUAAGGAUGUGAAUGGCCAAGAUGUAUCAAAGUUGUUUAGAGUGGUGACUCAAACAGACAAGGAAGAGAAAGAUGCAAAAAUGGUGAUUGGGUAUCAUAACCUACCUCCAAUUCCUUUUGAUAGUAAUCGAUAUAUUGGAUUCAUGGGUCCAUCAGGUGUUGGUAAAUCGUCAAUUAUAACUACUAUACAAAGAUUAUUUCACAAAGAUCAUGAUCAUUCAUCGAUCACCAUCAUGCCUACUAUCAGUGACCCGUCAUCAUGUAAACCAAAUUCAUCUGAUAUUAAUAUAUAUAAAUUAAAAGAUAAAGAUAAUGAUGGGCCAUGGGCAUUAAAACAAUUUGUAAAGAAAUGUUAUCCAAAAUUGAUACAUAUGAUUUGUGAUGUGGUGGUCCAUGUAUUUGGAAAUUCAAGAGAACAAGCGACCAUCAUUAAAAACUUGUCUCGCUUGGUUUCAGAUAUCGAGUCUCGAUCAAUCAAUAAUCCAAACAAACCAGAUUUAUUGGUCAUAUUCAACAAGGUUGAAGGUGACGACAGUGACGGUGACACUUGUCAAGACUACUUUCAAAGUGAUGCAUUUUUAAAUGCUGAUGAAUCAGUCAAGAGAAUUACAAAUUAUUUCAGAAAUGUUUGUUCAAUAUCCCUACCAAACAUUAAACAACAUCCAAAGACAUACUUGAAAAGAAUCUAUGAUCAUUUUUCAACUAUACUUUGUGACGGUUUAUCUUCACAACGAGAUGGUACGCAGGGUUGGCAAAUUGAAAAGAUGAUUGAUAUUAUGAAUCAUAAUCCUUUGGCAAUUGUUGACCAUUUUACAUUAAAUCAGCGUACAAGUGGAACAUCUCUCUACUCUUACUAUCUUGAUUUGUUAGAGUAUGUCAGCCAAGCUAAUACCACUGUCAUUGUCGGUAAACUGGACCAAAUUCGCAUGGUCGUCAAAUACAUUGUAGAUAAUGUAAUCGAACCACAGUUGGAUGAUAUUGACGAGGAGACUGUAUUUAAAACGGAUCAAAUGAUUUUGAAUAGUUUUAAAUGUAUCUCGACAAUCCCCAAUCCAAAUCCAGACAACAAUACUAGUACUAUUGUACAAUGUGGACUCUAUUUUUUAAAUCAUGGAGACGGGUACCAUAAAUCAACUAAAACCAGAAAAGCAUUUUACCAUCAUGAUGACGAUAGUGAUAGUGAUAGUGACGAUGACGAUAAAGAACAAUUGGAGGAAGCAAUUGAAUGGAAAGGAAAGUUUGAAAAUGAUUUUGGUUGGGAUCCCGAAAACCAAACUUUACAAUUAUUUUCAUUCCAUUAUGAACAAUUAAAGAAAUCAAAAGAAGUCGACCAACAUCUGGUUGAAAAAGGGACUGAUUUAUUUAACCUACUGGGUCGGUUAGAACCAACAUUCAAAAGUUAUUGUAUACAAUGUAAAUGGAGAACUCCAACCCAGGCAAGAGAAUGUGGACAUGUAUUUUGUAAUGAUUGCAAUGAUAGAUCAGAUAAGCCAAAGUCAAAGUCAGAGUGCACCUAUUGUCACAAACCAUCGAAAUGGAUCAUUGUUGAUUUCAAGGAUUCCUCAAAGGGGUUUACAUACCAUGAUAUCGAAACCAUUUGUUACAAGGAAAAGUAUUUGGAUUUAAUAAUGCACAAAACGUAUGAUUAUUUUAUAUUAGGACAAUCAACUAAUAUUUUAGCCACCGUCAUUAUAAUUGCCCUUGCAUCUGGACAUGGGGCUCAAAAAGUAAUAGACCAUAUUACUAAUAGGAUUGAUUUUCAGUGUGGAGAUGAUUCAAAGAUAUUAAAGGCAAUCAAUGAAAUCAUACCAAAUCAACUAUUAUUAUACCAAUUAAAACGUCCAAUAUUAUUUGAUACCGGUAGCCGGAGCGAACAAUCACAUUCUUUAUUUUCAAGUUUUAAUCAAAAGAUAUCAAUAUUUACCAAUUGUCGUCAAUUGAUUAAAGAAGAGUACUGUUUCUCCAAAGAAUCAUCGUCUUCAUCAUUGGCAAUGAUGAUUGAUAAAAGUAUUCUUGACCAAGUAAAAUUUAAUGCAAAUCAUUACCAUCAAUUCACAAGCACAUCCAGUUACGAAAUGAAAGGGAGAAUAUAUCAUCAAAGUCCUCCUUAUAAUGAAGCCAAAGAGAAAUUAAUUAAAGGGUUUUAA